CUGUUAAUUCAAAACACAUGUUGUGUUUCUUUUCCUAUAAAUCACAUUUGUAUACAUUUGAUCAGACAUACUUGUAUUUAGAUAUGAAAAGGGUGUAAUUAACACAUUUAUUAUAAGAGUAAAUAAUUCUGUAGAUCACAAACACACUGUAAUUAUCAUGCAGUGUUAAAACUAGUUGUUGACCAUCAAGCAUGCAGUGGAAAUAUCAAGACACAUGAUCCAACAAUAGCCACACACCUCGAGCUGUCACCUUUGUGUGAAAAUGUAUCCCUGACGCUUGGGCAGACAUGUGGGAAGAUGAGGACUGUAGCCUCUCCCAUGCAAAGGGAAGUGAUAGUUUGGAUCUAGAAAGACACAAGAUGUUUAGACCCUCAUGCAGAAGUUCAAGUCCAUUUUCUCUCACAGACCUCGACAUGUGGGACACCAAAUCUCGCUUUACAGCCCAGACCUCAGCAUGGUGUGAUAUGGCAACUGUCUCUGGGACAGAGUUUCUGUCCAAAGUCAGCACAAGCACAUCUGGGAGCACUGGUGGCUUCAGACAGAAUGACCCAGGUCUAAGGAAGUGGCAGUCAUUGUCCCAUCUGGCACUUGAGGGUGCUACACGAUCCUUUCCUCCAUGUCCAGGGGCUGAAUUAAGGGCUACCCGAGGUGAAAGUAGCUUUAGACAAACAGAAGUGGUGCAAUGCCUGCAGGAUGCUCAUGAGCGUCUCAACACUCAGCUGGACUGGCUGAGCACCAGAAAUUCACAGCUGAGCUACAAUAUAACUACUGCAAAACUGCUUGACAUGAAAAAUAAGCAGCUGUCAGAAGUGAUGACUGCUCUUGAGCAGGAGAAGGAGGCAGCUGAAUUAUCUCAAUUUGAAAAGAGCCGGCAACGUGGAGAGCUUCGUGAAAAGGUCCUACAGCUGGAGAAGGACCUGCAGCAAAUGAGGUCUAUUUUGGACAGAGGAAAUAGUUAUCAACCAACCGAAAAAACUCCUCGCUCGCUUAGCAGAUCAUUACCAAUGAGUCAAGAAGACUUUAACAGACAGGAGAGGCAGAAGGUUGACACAGAGCUGUACAAGCUGAGAGAGGCUCUGAGAGAAGCUGAGGCGAGGGCAAAGACACAAGAAGAAGAACGAAACCAGGCACUCCAGAAACUCCAGGCUUCUACAGAGAUACAGAGGAGGCUGUUAAAUCAAAUAGAGGAGAUGAACCAGAGGCUUAGCCACACAAGACAGAAUCACUCUGAAGUGCAAGAACAGCUGAGUGAAGCAAACAACACGAUCAGCCAAGCAUGCCUGGAAAAAGCCAUCUUGUCAACUCAAGUGCUAAAACUGGAGGAUGAUAUAAAAGAACUGAAGGCCAAAGUGACAGGGCCUCUGUCUGACAAAGAUCACCUGAUCCAGGAGAAAGCAGAUCUGCACCAGAGGGCCCAGGUCCUGGAGCUGCAGCUGAAGAGGGCCCAACAAGGUUCAGAGGGUUGUGAGGUCCUUGUCAUUCAGUCACACAACAACAAACAGGAUCAGGAAACUGUUCUGAUGAAGGAAGAAUCAAAGGCUCUCAGAGAGGUGAAUGAAAAGCUGACGUGUGAGCUUGAAAUGAUUAAGCAGAAACUGAAAACUUCACAGUCUCUGCUACAGGAGGUAACAGCAGAGAGGGUCAUCAACUCCAAACAGAUCACAGAUCUGGAGGCAGAAUGCACUCAGCUGAUCAGAGAAAAAGAGGAACUGCUGAGUAAAAUGAAUGAAGAUCGACAUGAGGAGCUCACAGAGAUCAAAGAAAAGUGCUGCCAGCUCGGGGAAUCUGUGGAAGUUUUAGAAUUAGAAAAAUUGAAACUGCAGAAUCAGUGCCUGAGUUUGGAGGCUGAGGUCCUUGAGAAGGAGGAGAAGCUACACCUGCAGGAGGAAGAGUAUCGGAAACAAGAUGCAGUGAGAGUCCAGAGCAUUGAGGAACUACAAGUUGUGGCCACACACUGGACUGAGAAAUGGCAAAAGGUGGCUUUGACCCUGCAGUCCACACAGGAGGAGCUAGAGAAACUCAAAAAGAACAACUCCACAGAGGAACUCCAAGUAGAAUCCGUACAUCUGGCAAGUGAGAUUGAAAAAUUAAAGAAAGAGGGCCAGAAAGACAAAGAAGAAAUUGAGAAUCUGCUGCAGCACAAAGCUAAUGUGGAGACAGUGCUGACCAGAGCCAAGAGGGAAUCUGACUCACUGCUAAGGGUUGAGCUUGACGCAUGCAAACAAGAGCUGGAGCUGGAAAGGAGCAGGAGUCAGGCGCUGCUUCACAGAUAUAAAGAUAAAGGUGGUGAAGCUGUGCAGACUCAGGACAAACAGACAGAGACAGACUUAUCAGAAUCCUCUUUGUUAUGGGAGCCACCAUCGGACUCCCAGAGCAGCCAAAACAAAUCCCCCCAGGUGUGUAUACAAAGCAGUGAGGUUCAAAGGCUGAAGCAAAAACUGACUGAAAGAGAGAAGGAACUGAGGGAAAAGGAAGAAGCUUUGAAGAGUCUAGAAGGGCUGAGAGAGAUGGAAAAAAAUGAGGCUCAACUCAAGAUUUCUGCUCUGGAGCUCAAGGCCUCUGAAGAUGGUCAAGAUGAUGGUGGCCAAGCAGAUGUCUCAACCACAAACUCAUUGAGGGCCCAGCUAGAAGAGAGCAGGAGGAGGGUGAACCGUCUGCAGCAGGAGAAAACACUGGCAGUCCAGAAGAUUCAAACAUUGAGGCAGCUUUACCUGGGUAAAGAUGAGAAACCAUCUGUUGAAGGCAGGAAGGAUAAAACUGUCUGUCCAGUUAUUUUAGAGACGGACCAGCAGAGGAGGAUGGUCACUGAGCAGUUAAAGAGUCUGUUUAAGGAGCGAGAAGGAAAGGAGGUGGGAAAAGUUGACAACAGAUCAGCAGCAGCUCAGACUGGAGCCUCCACACUGCAAGACUGGACUCCCACAUCUAAAAUUAUACGGAGUGCAGUGGACAGGAGGAGCUGGCAGCAGGGCUCAGGUUUGAUGCCAGUGUUUGAAGAGGACGAGGAGAGCAGUGACUGGCCAGGAGGGGAGGAGGGAAAGCCAGCAGAGGAGACUCAUGCUAAGGAAACAUUCCCCAACCAAAGCCAACAGAUGUCAACUAUGAGUGCAGAACUCAGCAAUCUGAAGGCAAAAAAAGUGAAUCUGCUGCAAGCCACACUAAGGUGCAAGCAGCCAAUCCAGGACCGUCCCCCUAAAGCAAAAAAACUAUCAGACAAGUCUUCUGAUGUCGAAGGGGCAAACCUAUAUCACUGUUCAGAUGAGACUGACCUGCAGCAGAAGAGGCCACCUUCCCUCUAUCCAGAUGGAAUAUUCCUGGCUGAGCUUGUAGAUAUCUGUAGCCCUGAUGAAGAUGAAGAGGGGGGCAAGGACAAAUGAGGUGUUUUGUUAAGACUCCUGCAUUGGGUGAAACUUGCACCAGCCAGCUUUGUGCCUUAUAGCUUAUACUAUGUUUUUUACUCAAAUGAAAUUUGUGGACUAAUUCACUUCACUUAAAUUUAAAGACAAGAUUCUGCUAAGGUGACACUUGGUGGAAGCUUUUUACCUAUAAGUAAAAGGAUUGUGAUAUUUUUUCCAUCUAACAGAAAAUCACUGAGUGGUGAUUAGUAAAAUACAACAGCAACAACUUGAACAUUUAUACCUCAGACAAUAGUGUUAAUAAAAGUCACCAAGCUA